UAUAAAUCACAACGAGGCCAUCAAUCAAUCAAAGAAGACAAUUCCAUGCAUCUAAUAGAAUAGCUGAAAUAGGAGUACUGGUAUGAUCCUAUCUUCCGAAAUCUGUAGAUAACACAUUCCCUAAUCUUCAUUUAAGAAACAAAGAAGAGAGAAACACUGUGUUCAGCAAACUUGAUGCUGCUGAAGAGCUUGUCCAUUUCUAGCAUGCCAAAUGGAAUACACAGUAACCAGAAAACGCAGUCCUGAUUCUGCUCAGGAGAGACUUCCCCGUACACUUCCGACUAAACCAUGAAACCUCACGGCUCCAAGCUAUAAUUAAUGGGGCUUCUAAUACUUAACCUUGCCGGCCUUUAGAACUAGAGGUCAUGCACUUUCAGGAGCACCCAGUCCUUAAUGUGUUCAGGUUCCAUUUAGCUUUUAAUGUUUUUCUCUGCACUUAUAUGCUUGUUUUAUUUGUUCAUAUUUUCAUCCUCCUUCCAAUUUGUCCUCUUAUUUAUAAAGUAUGUUUAGAAUUUCUUUUAUAAUUAUUUGAAGAAUUUGAAGGGCUUAUAUUUAAAAAUACUGACAUUGUUAAAUAAUGAAGACAUUAGUUAUUCAAUAUAAAUUGAAUUUAAUUCUUCCAAAAUUUACUAAUUAUUAAUUACCUUUAAAUAUUAUACGAGGGCUGCCUAAAGCCCAACAGCUCUACAGCGGCAUAUCAAUCAUUUUAUGGGCUGUACUUUCUUCAAUGAUUAGUAGUAGUGCGGCGGUGCCGCUUUAGCCGAAAUACACGGAGGAAGGAAGAGGGCUAGUCGUAUUGGAAUUGCAGAAGUGUAGUGUGAAAGUAAAACUCGUAUAUCGUCAAAUCAAGACCAUAAUGAAGGAAAAAGAAAAAAGAAAAGAAAAGAAUAAGAAAAAUCAGCGAAACGACAUUGAAACAAACAAUUGCUGAAACGAGUUAAGAAAAACAAAAAAACUAAAGCAACGGACGGCGAAAGAGAAAAGGGAGAAAUUGAAGGUUUUUAGUGUAAAAACAGAAGAAGAUACUAAUAAUACUUUUGCAGAGUGAAAAAAGGAAUUGGAGAGAGAUGGGAUGGAUGGAAAAUAAAGAGGUGGAAAUAAUAGGAAAAGGAAAGAAAAGAAGCCAGAAAUGGGUAUUAGGACUAUUGUUUUGGGUAUUACUCAUGUUUGCCACUCCCAAAAUUCCUCUUUCCCACAAGCAUCAUCUAUUUGCUGACAUGCGCAAUUUUCUUGGAGUGCCCAAUACUUUGAAUGUGAUCACCAUUUUCCCAUUUCUUGUUGUGGGUGUUGUGGGCUUUGUCCUUUCUAUUCGAGGAUCAUUUUUCAAUAUAAGUUUACGAGGAGAAGUUUGGGGCUGGGUGAUGUUUUAUGGUGGAAUUAUGGGUGUUGCAUUUGGGUCUGCUUAUUAUCAUCUCAAGCCUGACGACAGUAGAUUCAUGUGGGAUACCUUGCCGAUGAUGAUAGCCUAUUCUUCACUUUUCUCUAGUUUUGUUGUGGAAAGAGUGGGGAAAAGGGUUGGAUUAAGUUGUUUAUUUGGACUUCUAGUUGUUAUUUUACUUAGCACUGCUUAUGCAAGAAUUUUUAAUGAUCUUCGAUUGUGCAUGAUGUUCCAGCUGAUUCCAUGCAUAGCCAUACCGGGCAUGACAUUUUUGUACCCGCCCAAAUAUACACACUCAAUUUACUGGCUUUGGGCAGCAGGGGUUUGCCUUUUAGCCAAGUUUGAAGGAGCUCUGGACAGAAAAAUAUAUCGUGCAAAUCGGUACUUUAUUAGUGGGCACUCUUUGGAACACCUGUGCUCAGCAGCACUGCCUGUUUUAUUGACUAUUAUGCUCAUGUACAGAAACAUCAAAACUCAGAGAAAAUGAGGAAAAGGUCAAAAUGCAGACUUACCUGCUAACUGUGGCUAAUGACAGAUUAGGGGACAUCAAAGAGCGUCUAUGAAGAGAGUAGAGAGACAAAUAACACAUUUGUAAGUGACUGCAGCAGCUGGCGCCCAAGAAUUUGGAGGAGGUAGAAGAUGUAGCAGAUAAUCUUUCUUUGUACCAUUCAUUACAGGCUUCCAAGAACCGGAUGAGUCAUAUUCUCCAUAUAAUUUUGAAUGUGCAGAAAUCCCUUUCUUGUGAAGUUGGAAAACGAAUCUGCUGAUUAGAUUCGUUCAUUUGAGCUGUUGUUAUACCAAAAAAAUGAAAUUAUACUUCAAUUGUAUUGCUUUGAUCAGUGACA